AUGGCACAUGACGCGGUGCAGCCACUUCCAUCACCACUUCUAAGAGGUACAGCCGUGGAAGUCGCGAGACGUGGUAUUCCAUUUAUACUAGGUGCAGAUGCCAGUGCUUACCAUCCUGUCUGGGGCAGGUCAGACACCAACGAACACGACGAUCUGACAGUGGUGGCGCUGGAGGGCUGCAAGGAUGAGACGCUACUCUUUGGGUCCUGCUAUAUGCCACAUGAUGGAGAAGCACCACAGACGGAACUUCGAAAGCUGGUAGAAACAGCUGCCAGAAAGAAGCACGCUCUGGUGGUAGGAACGGACGCAAACGCACAUCACACGGUCUGGGGAAGUGCAGAUAUAAACGACCGAGGUGAGUCACUAUUUACCUAUAUUCUUCAAAGUAGCCUAGAAAUAGCUAAUAGAGGUGAAGAACCAACAUAUGUGGGACCAACCUCGAAGAAUGUACUCGAUUUAACACUCUACACAAGCAGGCAUGUUAUGGUUCAGGAAUGGGAAGCGUGGAGUAGGCCCUCAUUCUCUGAUCACAGAUACAUAAGCUUUCAGUUUAGUUCCUAUCAGAUAAUCAAAGAGACACUCACCUAUAGCGUUAGUAUUAGUACUGCCCUAUCUCGUGAUGCGCAUUUACAUCCGCACCAAUAA